AUGUCAAUUUCACCAAUAAAUUUUCCAAAAUGGCUGGAAGAACAUAGUGACAAAUUACAACCACCCGUUAACAAUUCUAUAUUACAGCAUAAUGACGAUUUUAUUAUUAUGGUCGUUGGAGGUCCUAAUGCUCGAACCGAUUAUCAUAUUAACCAAACAGAAGAAUGGUUUUACCAGUAUAAAGGAGAAAUGUGCUUAAAAGUUGUAGAUAACGGGGAAUUUAAAGACAUUCCUAUUGGAGAGGGCGAAAUGCUAUUAUUGCCUGCUAAUACACCACAUAAUCCCAUUCGGUUUGCUAAUACGGUUGGUAUCGUAAUCGAAAGGCGUCGAAGACCGGAAGAAAUUGAUCGACUUCGAUGGUAUUGUACACAAUGUAAAGAAAUAAUUUAUGAAGAAUCAUUUCAUUGUACAGAUUUAGGUACACAACUUAAACCUAUUAUUGAAAAGUACUCCGCUAAUGAAGAUUUAAGAAAAUGUAAAUCUUGUGGACUUAUUAAUCUUGCCAA